CUCAAGUACGGCUGCCGGCGCGACGACGAGCGAGCUGGAAUGGCCUCCGGCUGGGAGAGCUUCCUGCAGGAUGAGCAGCAGCUGGAGGAGCUGGCAAGGCAGGCCGUGGAUCGGGCCCUGGCUGAGGGUGUGCUUCUGAGGACGGCCCAGGAUCCCACUUCUUCAGCCGUGGUGAGCUAUGCCCCAUUCACGCUGUUCCCCUCCCUGGUCCCCAGUGCCCUACUGGAGCAGGCCUAUGCCGUGCAGAUGGACUUCAACCUGCUGGUGGAUGCCGUCAGCCAGAACACCGCCUUUCUGGAGCAAACGCUGUCCAGCACCAUCAAAAGGGAUGACUUCACUGCGCGCCUCUUUGACAUCUACAAGCAAGUCCUAAAGGAGGGCAUUGCCCAGACUGUGUUCCUGGGCCUGAACCGCUCUGACUACAUGUUCCAGCGCAGUGCUGAUGGCUCCCCAGCCCUGAAACAGAUUGAAAUCAACACCAUCUCUGCCAGCUUUGGGGGCUUGGCCUCCCGGACCCCGGCUGUGCACCGACACGUUCUCAACGUCCUAAGGAAGACCAAAGAAGCUACCCAGAUCCUCUCCAAUCAUCCCAGCAAGGGGCUGGCCCUAGGGAUCGCCAAAGCCUGGGAGCUCUACGGCUCAGCCAAUGCCCUGGUGCUGCUGAUUGCUCAAGAGAAGGAAAGGAACGUGUUUGACCAGCGUGCCGUGGAGAACGAGCUUCUGGCCAAGAGCAUUCACGUAAUCCGGCGAAGCUUCAAAGAUGUCGCUGAGAGGGGCUCUCUGGACCAAGACCGAAGACUGUUUAUGGAUGGCCAGGAAGUUGCUGUGGUGUACUUCCGAGAUGGCUACAUGCCGAGUCAGUAUAGUCCACAGAACUGGGCAGCACGUCUGCUGCUGGAGAGAUCAUGUGCCGUCAAGUGUCCGGACAUUGCCACCCAACUGGCUGGGACUAAGAAGGUGCAGCAGGAGCUGAGCCGGACAGGUGUGCUGGAGAUGCUGCUACCUGGCCAGCCUGAGGCUGUGGCCCGCCUCCGUGCCACCUUUGCUGGCCUCUACUCACUGGACAUGGGUGAAGAAGGGGACCGGGUAAUCGCUGAGGCCCUUGCCGCUCCCAACCGGUUUGUGCUGAAGCCCCAGAGAGAGGGAGGAGGUAACAACCUAUACGGAGAAGAGAUGGUGCAGACACUGCAGCGGCUGAAGGACAGUGAGGAGAGAGCCUCCUAUAUCCUCAUGGAGAAGAUCGAACCUGAGCCUUUUGGGAAUUGCCUGCUACGGCCUGGCAGCCCUGCCCGAGUGGUCCAGUGCAUCUCAGAGCUGGGCAUCUUUGGGGUGUAUGUCAGGCAAGGAAAGACACUUGUGAUGAAUAAGCACGUGGGGCACCUGCUUCGAACCAAAGCCAUUGAGCAUGCUGAUGGUGGAGUGGCAGCAGGAGUGGCAGUCCUGGACAACCCGUACCCUGAAGGAGGAACAGUCCCUCUGCCCUUCUGAGAGGUCGCCCUCCUCUGCCUCAGAGGCCUCUCGAGUCUUCAUAGAAGGGCAAAUUCUGGAUACCUUGCCCCAUUCCACAUCUGAGUAGCAGAUAAGCUAUGUUUCCCUUGAAUGAGAUCCUGAGGUCCUCAGAUCCUUGGCCUGUGAGCACAGCUGACGGGAACCUACUCAGGUAAAGGUCCAUGAACGCUGCCUCACUCCAGUCAGCCCUCAUCAACCUUGCCAGCAGGUUCCAGCGCCGGCUCGGGAUAGGACUGAAGUGGAAGGACGUAGCCUUUCUCAACUCCGCCUUAAAUAAAACGAUGUUGCUGUU